GAAGUCAGGUCAUAUUUGAAAUAGUGAAAUCAUUGGUAAAAUUUAACAUACAAAUCUUUAUAGCUGGUGAAAGAUAAGAUUGGCAGAAAGGCUAGCAAUUGUUUUAUUCACCGUCAGUGUAUUAAAGUACACACAGCGUCAGUCUAUUAAAGUACACAUAACGGAUGCCCGGUUGGUCCUUGGAAGUGAAUGGAUAUUUGGUUUGGAUGUUUUAACAACAAAGGUCAGCAAGUUUUGGAUAGGACGUUUGUGUUUAAUAUCCAGUCGGAUAUGACCGACAAUUUCAUUUGAAUGUGCAUUUUGACAGUAACCCAGCCCUAAUCCUGCUAGGAAUCUGACGCAUUUCUCCAUUGUUGUGGAUACUGAGGUCGGCCGCAUUACAUGUAAUUUAACGAGUCUAGUGAACAUUCUAGUCCACAGGAAACAAUGACAGCAAGGUCGUGUCUGUUAUUCCGGAAAGGUCUGGACCAUUGUUAUAGGGAAUUCGACAGAUUUCGGGAUGAUGGGCCUCUGAUCUGGGUCAGGCAGUGGACGCAGGUUGAUUGUAAUGAUGAGGAGAUAAGUAGAAAGGCUCUAAUAUUCGUCAGUCACGGUCUAGGAGAGCAUGGGGGAUGGUAUGAUGAGCUUGGACAGGAACUCGCUAAAAUCGGAUUUCUAGUUUUCUCUCACGAUCAUGUGGGCCAUGGUAAAAGUCCUGGUCUGCACAACCACGUUGACAGCUUUAAGGAAUACACCUCUCUUAUUUUUGAACACUGUGACGAAAUCAAGAAAAACUAUCCGGAUUUACCUUUAUUCCUCUUUGGACACUCCAUGGGAGGAGCCGUAGCUCUACUGGCAGCUCUUGAACAGCCGGACUAUUUUGAUGGCGUCAUUACAUCAGAUCCUUUUGUAGUCCCAACCAAAGACGUACCGUCAAAAAUACAACAAUUUGUCAUAAAGUAUAUAAUAUCACGGGUGUGUCCUCAACAUAAGCUUCGGUACAUUGAUUCCAAGGACAUCUGUCGCGAUCCCGGGAUGAUUAGAAGAUUUGAAGAGGACCCCCUGAUCCAUCCAUUUCUAAAGGCGAAAUGGGGUGUAGCGUGGCUCGACGGUUCUGAAAAAAUUCAAGAGAGUCUAGAAGCAAUUUCUUUUCCGUUCCUAGCUCUCCAUGGUAGCGCUGAUCCCAUCAGUGACGUCAACUUCUCGCGAGAGUUGUUUGACAAAGCAACAAGUCGAGAUAAAGAGUUGAAGAUUUAUUCGGGAUAUCUCCACGCCCCUCUGUAUGAACCGGAAGAGGACAGAAUACUAGUUCUCCAGGAUAUAAAGCAAUGGCUGCAAAAAAGAAUAGCCACGUAGAAUUAGAAAAGAUUGUGAAGACGUUUAUCUGUG